CACCAAGUCCAUCAUCACCACCAUCAUCACCAUGCCCAUCAUCACCGUCAUAAUUUGUCAUUUGGAAAUACCUGUCUCUUGUCCAAUGCCAUCACCAUCAUCACCACCAUGACCAUCACCAACACCGUGACCAACACCAUCAUCUCCACCAUGACCAUUACCAACACCAUCACUAACACUAUGACCAUCACCAACAUCACAAACACCAUGACCAACACCAUCAUCACCAACACCAUCAUCACCAAUACCAUCAUGACCAUCACCACCAGCAUGACCAUCACCGACACCAUGACCAUCACCAUCAUCCCCAACACCAUCAUCACCAUCAUCACUAUCACCACCAGCAUGACCAUCACCAUCAUCACCAUGACCAUCACCACCAUCAUUACCAUCAUCAUGUGUCAAUCUGGAAUACCUGUGUUGCUGGCCUUGUUUGCUGUAGAACCUAUCAACUGCUGGGGUGUAUGUGAUGCCUUCAUGACAGAUAAUCUAUUGUACUCUUCCACCGCUCUAAUGAAAUCUGAAGAAAGGAGGAUUUGCUAAAUGUGUAUUCAUUUAUGUGUCAUUUUUAAGAACAGCUGAUAAAUUUUGGAGAAAAGGACAAAACUUUAGUUAAUGAUUUUUGGUCAUGUUAAUAUUUUUAACAUUUUAAGGAAAUUUUGAAAAUUUGAAUUUAGUAUUUAUGAUGAUAAUUUUGAUAACAAUCUUUUGACAUACCAUCAUUUUUCACAAUUCUGCAAAGUUUUCCCUCUUGAAAAAUUCUAAUCUUGCAGAGUGGCAGUCUGAGAGCAGAAUCUUCAUAUUGCUGAAUGCACUUUUGCCAUUCCCCCUCUAAUACUCUUUCUUGAUCUUUUCCUGUCAUGGAACGGAAGUGACUAAGAGGUGGAUAACUUUGAAAGUCUUGCUCGUCUGGACCAUCAUGAAACAUUAUGCCAUCACUGCAGAUAGACCACCAAGUGCUCUCACCACAACUCAGGAAAUCAGAGAUCCUUUGGCAGUGGGUUUGAAAUAAGGUUGGUCUUUUUUGUAGGAAAUCCAUAUCAAAUAAGGUGUUCCCUGUCUUUGGAAGACGUUUGGCUUGGUGACUGAUGAUCGAGUCUUGAUGUUUAACAUAAUCUUUUUUGUUUUCAUUCAGCUGUUGUGCAUUGUACCUGAGAACUGCAUUGUCUAUGAUUUUACCACAUUGUCUGUUAGCUGUGUUGAGAGAGAUGUUUCGUAGAUCCCCAAAUGAUCUUUCCUCUUGUUCUGGAAUCAGGGAGCGCAGACAAAUUAAUCUGAAAGUUUCUGGGGUGUGAACUGUUAGGCUGUGGAAAUGUGAGCCAUAGAAUUUUCUGGUAGUCAUCUUCUUUGGUAUGCUGAUAACUGUCCUUGAAAGAAUGCUGAAUUUGAAGCAGAGAUUAUACAAUCUUAGAAUUUUCUUGGUUGUUCUUUGUUGAUAUGGACUAUAGCAGAUGGAUAUUAUCUCUACUAAACAGGUGCACAGUUCAUAAAUAUCCUUACUAAUUUUAUUCUCUGAGAACUUUGAGUGUGAAAACAUUGCCAACUUCACUGCAAAAAGACGGGCAUCAGAUCCUUUCAGCUGAUUUUUGUCUCCGAUGGUGGUAACUGAAAACUGUUCAUAAUCUUUCUUUGUGUCAGCAUCAUCAAUAUGGUGGGGAAGCUCUGUAAUUAGGUUCUGCACGAUAUUCGUAAUGUCAUGGAGGGGUUCAGCUGGUGGUACUUCGUAAGUUUGGAGUAGGUCUGACACAUCUUGACUUGUUGUGAAGAAGGCUGGUGGUCUCUGAAUCCCUCUGAGUGUUCUUACCAGCUCUUCCUGCAGUUCACCCUUGCUCUUGUUUACUGUAUCACACCCUCUAGCAUUGAGUUCUCUUACAAUUUCUAUUUUUUUUUAAAUUGGCAAAUGGUGAUGGUCUUGUUAAGGAAAACUGUUUCCAUAACACUCCUUUUCUAAGAAUCUCCACUCUUUCCUGAAGUGUUGGAGCUUUACUAUUGAACGCACACUCUAGAUUCAUGUGGUCCUUUGAACAAAUGCCACAUAAACAACUGAAAUUUCCUCCCCUCUGGUGACCAGCUUCAAACUGUCUGGCGGGGCCGUCUCCACUGAAGUAUCUUAAAAUGUACCGGACGUCACCAUCCUGGUUCCGAAGACUCGAGAGGUCAUCAACCCUUGCUGGCAUGUAGGAAAGCUGGUCAACAUCACUGCUAGAAGACUGCCCAAGUACGUAGAGAAAUGGCUUUUCUACCAUUGCUUGAACAUCAGCUGGUGGACGCUCUGGGUACUUCCUCUUGUAUUCUUCAUCUGUGAUGAAGGAGGCAGAGUCGUAAAGUGUGCUUACCAUGAUGGUGAUAUAGCUGUGGUUAAGAAUAUCAGAGUGAUCAUGCCAGAUCUUCAGGUGCCUUGUUUUGCUUUCAUCAGUGUCUGUUUCUCUUUGGUAUUCCCUGUGAAUUUCUGCCAUCUGUUCUAUGAUCUUUUUUAGGGGAAUCAUUCUCCCAUAUACAGUGUAAUCAACAGUGGCGAGGGUACCUGAUGUAUCGAUUUUGUUUGAUUUGAAAGCUUUUGGGGCAAUCUGUUCUCCAAUGUAGAGGUCUUUGUUUUCUAGUUUUUGGUGUACUACUUCUCUUAAUUUUCUGGCUGGUUUUGGUGUUGGAAUAGAAAUAAAUUUGUAAAUUUUCUGUCGUGAUCUUCUUACCCUUUGAACAAAGUCUCUACCACUUACACGCUGAUAUUGAUUAAAUUUAUCUGUGUUUACACCAUUUUGACAAGCAAAUGUUUGUAAAACUUGGCCAGCAUUUUUUGGAACAAGACCUUUUUUGUUUUUUACAUGAAAUUUAAACGCUAGGUAGCGCCAGAUAACCCGUGAUCCUGAUGGAAGAUUCUGCAUAUAUUUUAAAAAGCCAUCUCUGUCGAACGUGUAGUUGUCCAUGUUUCCCACAUGUUUU